CCCCCCCCCGCCCCUUCAGUCAAGAUAGCGUGAGUAAGAACAGGUUGCCGUUUUCCCAGUUCGAUGGCCGUGGAGUCGGAGAAACACCUGCUGCUGGAGCCUCUUUCCUGCUCGGACUCGGAGGGCAGCGGAGACGUCGAGUGGUCGUGCGGUGAUGGCGGCGAGUUGGACACGGGGGAGAGUGCCGCUAGGCGCCGGGCCGGAAAGAAACUGGUGUUUGCCUUGGUCGUCAGCCUGCUUUUUAUGGUUGCUGAGGUGUUUGGUGGCUACGCCGCACACAGUCUGGCCAUCAUGACAGACGCGGCGCAUCUCCUGAGUGACGUCGGCAGCAUCUCCGUCAGCAUCUUCUCGCUGUGGAUCUCGGGACGCGCGCCCACUCACGGCCUGACUUUUGGAUGGCGCCGAGCUGAGAUUAUGGGCAUGCUUCUAUCUCUUUCGUCCAUCUGGGCCGUGACGGUUUUGUUGGCGUCGUCGGCUGUUCAGAGGAUGUCCGACGGCGACUACGACAUCAACAGCGACGUCAUGCUGCUGACUUCGGGCUGCGGCGUGGCCGUCAAUGUCCUGAUGGUGCUCAUCCUGUAUCAGUCGGGCAUCGCUCACACCCACAGCCACAACCGGGCCUUCCCGCAGAAGGACGCGGAGCGGUCGGGUCUCGCCCAUCGUUCGGGUAAUGCCAGCGUGAAGGCCGCUUGCAUCCACGCGGUGGGAGACCUGAUCCAGAGUCUCGGCGUACUGCUGGCGGCCGGCAUCAUCCACUUCUGGGCGCUCCUCCUGGCAUCAGCGUCGCCUCCGUUCAGGACGCCCUGCUGUCCGUGCGAGGUGUGGCGGCGCUCCAUCGCCUUCACGUGUGGAGCCUGGACUUGGCGCACGCUCUGCUUUCUGUGCACAUCACUGCAGAGGAAGGUGCAGAUGCGCACGUCAUCCUCAAGAGGGCGACAAAGCUCCUGCGCUCCGAUUUCGGCUUCGCCGCUGUCACCAUCCAAGUGGAACCUUCCAGAACCUCACAGGUGGACCUUUUCUAAAUGUAUGCUACCUGUUAUUUGCUACUUAAGACCGUGCGGAAUGGACUGCGUACACUCCAAUACUUAUAUUUUGCUAAUUGAAGCACAAUAUAGCAGCCAAGAAGCAUUGAAAAGAUUACGUUCAUUUUUUUAAAAAAUGUGACGUUUUGUCUGUUUUCCAUUUGAAACUGUUUUCAGCCAAAGUCCCCCUUUAUUUUCAAAUUAAGGUUAAACAAAGAAAUUGGCCAAAUAAAAAAAAGUGAAACAUUUCUUCCUGUUAGUGAAUGAAAAAAAAAAUGAAACACUGCCAAAAAGUCAAGUUCUGUUGCCUUUGCUAUGAAAAACAUUUAUUCUUCAAAUAAAAAUGAAACUUAAACUGUCCCCAAAUUUUUUUGGGGGGGGCUCUUUGGAUAAGAAAACAAUAUCUGAAUUGUUCAUUUACACAAAAGCAUCAGAAAAUAAAUUUAUUUUAAAUCAGUUUUUUGUUGUUGUUUAACUAAUACAUCUGAAAAACAAAUCUUUGUCAUUUUAAAAUACACCCCCCAAAAAAUUUUCCAGAUUAAAAUGCAGGACAAAACAA